GACCCCUUUUUGCUGUGAAUUUGAGCAAUUAUGGCUCAACUCGACCGCAUGCAAAGACACGGUGACAAUCAUAAGAUUAACCCCCGCGGCCUCACUGUUCAACAAGUUCUCCGAGGAGGAGUUUCAAAGUGGUCACCAACCUCUUCAUCACCUACAUUUUGGAAGGACCACGACCCAGAAGAAGAUUUCGGGCACCAUCACAAGAAAUCUGUUCUGGCCAAAGUGAAGGAGAAGGCCAAGAAAUUUCGACGUUCUCUCAGCAAGAAGAAGCAUAGUGAGGAUGGUAACACUACACCAUCUUGGGGUGUCAGCUUGGAUGACGAUGAUGAUGAUGAAGAUGCUGAAUACCUUGGAGCCCCAAUGUAUGAAUCAGAGCUGGCUCCUGAAGGGUACAAGGAAACCGCGAGGCAGCAUCCAAGAGCAGUUCACUUUGUUUCUGAGAAGCAUGUUUUGGCAUGCAGUGUCAAUCUUGGUGCUGCUGAUGAUCAGCAAGAAAAGGAGAAGCCUACAAUGGCGGAAAAUGUCACUACUGCACAGAAGUUGUCACCAUUGGAUGAAACCCAUCCGAUUGCUUCAAAAUUCCAAGGCCUCACUGUUUCAGCCCCAGCUGGCUCACAAUCCGUUUCAGGGGAGGCAGCUCCACUGCCCAUGUCGUGCAGGACCUGCAGGUGGCCAGCUCCACAAACUUGCUCAUCCCCGGUGGGGACUCCACAAACUUGUUCAGCCCCGGCAGCUCCACACAGCGGAAAUGUUAGUUUUGGAGAGCAAAUUUGGGAUAAGGGUGUUUCAGUGAAGGAGUAUUUGAUUCAAAAAAUUGAGCCAGGGGAAGAUGAGAGAGCACUUUCCCAAGUGAUAUCGGAGACGAUGAGUCCCAGGAGAAUUCCUGGUGAUUUUGGUGUGGUGGAGAAGGUGAGAGAGGCUGUGACUUCUUUGCUAAGGAAUGAGUCCUGCAAAUACACACCUGCAAUUUCUGCUACAUCACACACGCAGAUUUCCGCCAACAAUGCACUUUCAGCGGCUAAAAACUCACCGUCACACGCACACCUUCCGAUCUCCACCAAUGCUCAUGAGGUUGGCGAAGGAGAAAAUCAUGGAAGAAUACUCCAAGCCAAUUGAGAUAAGAGGAAUCAAUGCAAAUUUCUGAUCGAGUUUUAGGUAUCAAUAAGUAGUUUGCCGAGAUGAUCAUUUCCUGUGUUUGAAUAAGCCAUGUAUGAUACAUAUAUGGUACUCACCAAUAAACAGUUUCUGCAGAUCUAGAAGUUCAAAAAAUUUCAAAUCAAUGCAACAAAUUAAGACCUUUCCUGUUUAUGAAUUUUCAGUGC